UUUAGAUCCACUCCAUCAUAGAAGGAAAAUUUCCAAAGUUCAAACCUUCAAUGAUAAGGCUAGGAUUAGUUGGUUUGCCUGCCAGGACAGGUAGAACGGCGGUGAGGACAGUCCUCAGAAUUCCACGUAUUUCUUCGUUGCGUGGGUAUGCAGACUCCCCAUUCCCCAUCAAUCACAAGGAAGCCCAAAAGCAGAGAGACAUUGAAAAGUUGCCAAAAUGGCGACAAUGGGCACUUUAUUUUCAGAGUGAAAAGUUCAAGAAGUCUAUGACCAUUUAUUACAUAUGUGGCUUUGGUGCUACUUGUGUGGCAUUCUUUUAUUAUAUGAGAGAUCGUUACCACGAAGACAAACAAAUCCAACAUGUUAGAAAGAAGUACAAGAACGACCCAAAAAGCUUGAGUGAGUACGAGUUCUUAAUGUUAAGAAAAUUGAGUCAGGAGACUUUGAGACCUUUGGAGGAAAAGAAGUAUAGAAUUUACCAGAUGAUGAGAAAGGAAUUCAGAAGAAAGCAUCUUAUGGACAAGAGUGUCAUGUUUAAUCCAACCCCAGAAGAGUUAGAAGAAUGGUAUAGCAAACAGCCCAGAAGAACAGUGAAGAAGGCCCCAGUCUUGGACAAGCCAAUUGGUGAAAAAACUGCAGAGGAGAAAGAGCAAGAGGUUUUGACUAAUGAUAAGUUAACCAAUGCAGAAAAUCCAAACAUUGUACCAGCUGAAGACACCACUGAAUUCUACGAAGAAAAGGCUGCGGCCUAUGAUGAAGAAAUCAAGUGGGAGGAAAGAGGUAUGUUCUUGGGUAAGCGUAGAAAGUGGUUGAUGAAACAGUUGAAGGGUGAUGUUUUGGAGGUCGCUUGUGGUACCGGAAGAAACAUCCCAUACUUUUACCCCGAAUUGGUGAAUUCGAUCACCUUCCUCGAUUCCUCGAGAAACAUGGUGGAUCUCACACAGAAGAAGUUCAGAAGUGCGUACCCAGAUUUCCGCAAGGUUGGAUUCACAGUUGGUAAAGCCGAGGAAUUGGCCCAACUAGCAUCCGAAGGCAAGGAAAUCAAGUAUGACACAGUGGUUGAAGCAUUUGGUUUGUGUGCACACGAAGAUCCUGUCAAAGCUUUGAAGAACAUGUCAUCUUUGUUGAAGCCAGGUGGCAGAAUUGUAUUACUUGAACAUGGAAGAGGAACCUGGGACUUUGUGAACAAUCACUUGGAUUUCAGAAGUGAAAGAAGAAUGAAAACUUGGGCAUGCAGAUGGAAUCUUGAUAUUGGUGAAUUGAUAGACGAGGCAGGCUUAGAUAUCACUUACGAAAAGAGAGUUCACUUGGGUACUACUUGGAUGUUGGUGUGUAAGAGACCCGAAGACCCACUCAGAUCAGAAGAAAAGUCCUUUAUGAAUAAGUUGUGGGGAAGAGAUCCUAAACCGAUUCAAAGAGAAUAAUGAACCGGAACCAAACCGAGAUCAAUUCUGGAUAUUAAAAUGUCAAUAUUUUAGUUUAUUGUAAAUAGUCAUUAUAGUCAUAAAUUAGCUAAAAAUUUGAGUAGAAGGCGUGACU